AUGGGCUUGGGAGAGGACGUUCUCGAGUAUGUCAACCUCAAGGUGGUUGUCAUAUUCGGCGUUGCGGCAUGGUGGUUGUGGAUCGCUGUUCGACGUUUCGAUGAAACUAUUCGACUGCGCCGUCUGGCGCCCGGUGUCCGUGGACAACCGCUUAAGGCUCACCUACCUGGUGGCACCGACUUCAUCUACAAGGCUGUCCGCGCGACCAUGAAACACAAAAACGUCGAGUUCUGGACGGACAGGCUCUCCGCGGUAAAGGGAUGGACCGGCGAGAGGAGGCUCCUCUUCGGCCUGCGCAUUGUUUUCACCGCCGAGCCCGAAAACAUCAAAGCCAUCCUGGCCACUCAGUUCUCCGACUAUGGCAAGGGCGAGCCUUUCCACCAGGAGUGGAACGAGUUCCUCGGCGACAGCAUCUUCACCACCGACGGUGACCAGUGGCACGCCAGCCGUCAGCUCAUCCGGCCACAGUUCAUCAAAGAUCGCGUCAGCGACCUGCACACCUUCGAGUCGCACAUACAGAUCCUGCUCAAGGCCAUCGCCAAUGGCGGCGCCCUCAACGGCGAGGACCAGCCCGUCAACAUGGAUACCGUAGACGGCAAAGUUCUCGAUAUUUCGGAGCUCUUAUUCCGUUAUACCCUCGACGUCGCUACCGACUUUCUUAUGGGACAAGAUGUGAAGUCGCUUUCAACCCCCAGACAGGAGUUCGCCGAAGCCUUCAACGAAGUGCAGCGAGUACAGAGCAUCAUCGCUCGCGCGGCGACGGCGAGGUUCCUUGUACCGCGCUUCUCGUUUCGCUCAGGUCUCAAGAUUAUCAACCGUUUCGUCAACGAGUUCAUCGAAAGGGCACUCCGUCUCAGCCCCGAGGAACUCGCCUCCAAGACCAAGUCCGACCAAGGCUACACCUUUCUUCACGAGCUCGCCAGCUUCACCCGCGACCGCAAAGUCCUCCGCGACCAGAUCGUUGCCGUGCUUCUCGCUGGUCGCGACACUACCGCCGCAGCCCUUUCCUGGACCCUCUACGAACUGGGCCACCACCCGGAAGCCGUUAGCAAGUUGCGCGCCGAGAUCAUUGAGCAGGUCGGCCUCGAGCGCGCCCCCACGUACGCCGACCUCAAGAACAUGAAGUACCUCCAGAACGUCAUGAACGAGACUCUGCGCCUGUACCCCGCGGUACCCUUCAAUGUCCGUCUGGCCCUCAAGGACACAACCCUCCCUGUCGGCGGCGGUCCGGACGGCACGCUUCCCUUGGCCAUCCUCAAGGACACACCGAUCGGAUACUCGACAUUUAUUAUGCAGCGGCGCGAGGACCUAUACCCGCCCGUAUCCGAGACCUCCGCGCAUCCGAGUGAGUUCUCGCCUGAGCGGUGGUUCAACUGGCAGCCCAAGCCGUGGACAUACAUCCCCUUCAACGGUGGCCCGCGUAUAUGCAUUGGUCAGCAGUUCGCCCUGACCGAGAUGGGCUACACGCUCUGCCGUUUGUUCCAGAAUUUCGAGAGAGUUGAGAGUUACAUGGAUGCAAUUGACGGCGGUGAUCCGAAGCUCAAGGCCGAGAUUGUAUUGCAGCCUGGCGAUGGCGUCAAAGUGGCUUUCUGGCGCGCUGGCAAGGCGUAA